AUGCAACCUACCAUGGCGAACCCCGUCGAGUCUACGCAAUCCGCGUCACUGGAAACAUCUACACCCGCCUCUCCUGCACCGUCGCAAUCCGUCCCAGAAAUGCAGACCCAGCAGCAGCAGCAGUCCUUACAACCGCAGUCCGCCGAACCCGCCACGAAACCCACCCCCGCGAAGCAGCCCAAACAACCUAAACAACAAGCCAAGCCUGAUGCCGGUGCCGCGGCCGACGGAGCCGACGCGAAGCUCACGCCCGCCGAGCUGAAAAAGAAAGCCAAGGCCGAGAAGGCGGCGCGUCGCGCUCGCGAGAAGGUCGAGCGAGAGGCUACCGGCGGCGGCGGAGGCGCUGCCCCUGCCGGACCGGGCACGCCGUCCAAGAAGGGCAGUGGUGCUGGGGGAGCUGGAGGAGCGGGCGCCGGAGCGAAGGAUGCGUCUGCUGGGGCGGGUGCGUCUCAGAAAGGGCAGCGACAUCGGAGAGGCUCUGCGCAUGGAGCUCCGGGGUCGUCUGGGGCGGAGGCGAAGAAGAAACAGGAGGAUAAGAAUGUGGCUGUAUUUGGACACCUGUAUGGGCAGCCUAGGAGGACGACUAUUGCGGGGGCUGGGAAGGAGGUGCACCCGGCCGUUUUGGCGCUUGGGUUGCAGAUGAGGGAUUAUGUGGUUUGUGGAAGCAGCGCUCGUUGUGUGGCUACGUUGUUGGCAUUUAAGAGGGUUAUCGAGGUUUACACGACCCCUCUGGGUACUUCGUUGCCUCGCCACUUGACCACCCACCUGUCUCAUCAGAUCACCUACCUUUCGACAUGUCGCCCGCUCUCGAUCAGUCAGGGCAAUGCCAUUCGGGCUCUCAAGCUGGCCAUCUCAUCCAUCGACCCAUCCAUGCCAGAGGCUAGCGCCAAGGCGUCGCUCAGCGAUUUCAUUGACAGCUUUAUUCGGGAGAAGAUCACCGUUGCCGACCAGGUGAUUGCGGGAAGCGCUGCGCAGAAGAUCCAGGAUGGCGAUGUGAUCGUCACGUUUGCGGGCAGCUCGAUUGUCAAGCAGACGCUUCUCACCGCGCACAAGCAGGGCAAGAAGUUCCGCGUAUCCAUCAUCGACUCUCGCCCCCUAUUCGAGGGCAAGAACCUGGCGCGCACGCUCGCCAACGCCGGUCUGGAAGUGCAGUAUUCGCUGGUGAACGGCAUCAGCCACGCGAUCAAGGAUGCUACUCGUGUUUUUCUCGGCGCUCACGCCAUGACCAGUAACGGACGGUUAUACUCGCGAGUCGGCACGGCGCUGGUCGCCAUGUCGGCCAAGGAGCGUGCCGGCGGCGUCGAAGUGCCUGUGAUCGUGUGCUGCGAGACCGUCAAGUUCACCGACCGCGUUGCGCUGGACAGCAUCGUCGUCAACGAGAUUGCUGAUGCCGACGAGCUGGUUCCCCACCCCCCUGCGCACCAAUUCACCGAUCUACCAGACCCUGCCGCCGAGGCCGCCGUACAAGCAGAAACCACGAAGAAGGGCAGCAAGGCGGCUGCUCCCAGUCCCGAGCCCGCCAACAUCCCUAAGAACAGUGAUUCCCCUCUGGCGAGCUGGAAAGACACCGCCAACCUGCAGCUGCUCAACAUCAUGUACGAUGUCACCCCCGCCGAGUACGUGGACAUGGUGGUUACGGAGAUGGGCAGCUUGCCGCCUAGUGCUGUGCCUAUUGUGCAUCGGAUGAGUACGAAUCUGUGA